CAACAUUUUGGCAGGUUGGAUCCGCGGGUUCGGAACCACAUUCCCGAGGCCUCUGGAACAGUUACGCGACGAUCCUCCGGAGCGCCCGGGAGCGUCCGGGAAUCAUUGGCCCGUUGAAGCGUAUUUACGAGAUUCAGCUCGAAGGAUUCGAAGUAGUGACCUGAGGACAUUACACCUAGUGACUACGGCACGGUGGCGGAUAUCGCCUUCUUCAAGAAGCACGGCCACCUGUUCGGGCAGACAAUGGAAUGUUAUCACGAAGAUUGCCUCCACGAUGUGGGGCUUCAGCUCGCUGUGUUCAUGAUCAUGCGGCUUACCCUUCAGAAUUUUGUGGAGCUUGGCGUCCCUUACUUGCUCAUGGCCUGGCGAAACUACAGGGAGGGUCGCCAAUUCCACACGUCGCUCUUCACAAACCCACUUACGGUCAUGCCCGACAUGUCGAACGCAGAGAAGCAGAGCAAGAAGGAGGAGUACGACAUCUAUGAGGACAUGGACGAGAUCUUAAUUUUGUACGGCUACACUACCCUCUUCGUCGUCGCUUGCCCCUGGGUGCCAUUGCUGUCCUUUCUGUAUUGCUUGCUCGAGUGUUUUCUGGAUCAGAAGAAGCUCAUUCUGCUCUAUCGGCGCCCGUUUCCGGAUACAGCUGCCAACAACGAGCCUUGGGACACCGCUUUCGACGUGUUCGGCAUCCUCGCCAUGCUAACGAACACGGCGCUUGUGGUUUUCUCGUCCUCAGCUUUCGAGGAUUGGGAUGCGUCCACGAAGAUAUUAGUCUUCCUGAUUGUGGAGCACAGCAUGCUUUUCACGCGUUUCCUGAUCAGUCGGGCCCUCCCCGAGACCCCCCACAAAGUGAAGCUGCUUGAAAUGCAGCAGCAGGUGAUGGUGCACAGGCAUUUCAACCUCGGGGGCGAUGAGGACGACAGCGAGACCCGUGCCACCGCAAUGCUCUUGAACUCGGCCCCGGCUCCGCACGUGUUCGAGCAGGACAACGACGACGACGACUACUGA